GGGCGGGGCGCCUGGCUGGCGUCACCAGGACAACGGGCGUCGCCGGCGCCGUGUGACUUCGAGCUGUGGGCUCGCUCGCGGCUCUUCGGCCAUGGUUUUCUCAAACAAUGAUGAAGGCCUUAUUAACAAAAAGUUACCCAAAGAACUUCUGUUAAGAAUAUUUUCCUUCUUGGAUAUAGUAACUUUGUGCCGAUGUGCACAGAUUUCCAAGGCUUGGAACAUCUUAGCCCUGGAUGGAAGCAACUGGCAAAGAAUAGAUCUUUUUAACUUCCAAACAGAUGUAGAGGGUCGAGUGGUGGAAAAUAUCUCGAAGCGAUGCGGUGGAUUCCUGAGGAAGCUCAGCUUGCGAGGCUGCAUUGGUGUUGGGGACUCCUCCUUGAAGACCUUUGCACAGAACUGCCGAAACAUUGAACAUUUAAACCUCAAUGGAUGCACAAAAAUCACUGACAGCACGUGUUAUAGCCUUAGCAGAUUCUGUUCCAAGCUGAAACAUCUGGAUCUGACCUCCUGUGUGUCUGUUACAAACAGCUCCUUGAAGGGGAUCAGUGAGGGCUGCCGAAACCUGGAGUACCUGAACCUCUCUUGGUGUGAUCAGAUCACGAAGGAUGGCAUCGAGGCACUGGUGCGGGGUUGUCGAGGCCUGAAAGCCCUGCUCCUGAGGGGCUGCACACAGUUAGAAGAUGAAGCUCUGAAACACAUUCAGAAUUACUGCCAUGAGCUUGUGAGCCUCAACUUGCAGUCCUGCUCACGCAUUACUGAUGAAGGUGUGGUGCAGAUAUGCAGGGGCUGUCACCGGCUGCAGGCUCUCUGCCUUUCGGGUUGCAGCAACCUCACAGAUGCCUCUCUCACAGCGCUGGGUUUGAACUGUCCACGACUGCAAAUUUUGGAGGCUGCCCGAUGCUCCCAUUUGACGGACGCAGGUUUUACACUUUUAGCUCGGAAUUGCCACGAAUUGGAGAAGAUGGAUCUUGAAGAAUGCAUCCUGAUAACCGACAGCACACUCAUCCAGCUCUCCAUUCACUGUCCUAAACUGCAAGCCCUGAGCCUGUCCCACUGUGAACUCAUCACAGAUGAUGGGAUCCUGCACCUGAGCAACAGCACCUGUGGCCAUGAGAGGCUGCGGGUACUGGAGUUGGACAACUGCCUCCUCAUCACUGAUGUGGCCCUGGAACACCUAGAGAACUGCCGAGGCCUGGAGCGCCUUGAGCUGUACGAUUGCCAGCAGGUUACCCGUGCAGGCAUCAAGCGGAUGCGGGCUCAGCUCCCUCAUGUCAAAGUCCACGCCUACUUUGCUCCCGUCACCCCACCGACAGCAGUGGCAGGAAGCGGCCAGCGACUGUGCAGGUGCUGUGUCAUUCUCUGACAGCAGCUGCCUGGGCCCAAGGGUUGAUGAGGCGUCCCUUCCUCUAGAAGACCUGAGUCUUCCUGACCUACUCCACCAUCACCCAAUCUGUUGAUUCUCCAUUGGGAAAGGCAUUUACAGGUAAAAGACUUCUGUAUGGAUUGCAGUAACUCUGGUGAGAGUUUUCACCUUUAUUCUGCUGUGAAACAAUCGAAUCAAAGCCUUGUGUCAGUUCACACAGGACAAGUGGUUUCAAUGCAGCUAGGACCAUGCCAGAAACCUGGAUCUCUUAAGAGAUUGGUACCUACCUAGGUACAAAAGUUCUACCCUUGGCAUUAUCAGCACUCCUCAAAAAGACCAUCAGUGUUAGCACAAACUGAGCAGAAAAACUAGGCUGUUGAUUUUCUACCUGAUAUUUAAGCCAGUGGCCUACUUUAAUUCACAACAAUUCCAUUUUGAUUAGCAGGACUUUUCCACUUUGAAGAUAAAAUAGCAACUUUGUCAAAGUGACUGUACUGCAAAUUCAUAAUGCCUGAUAGUUUUAUAUGUAGAGACUUAUGUGGAAGGCAUGUUAAUAGGUUUCCAUGAGACACCAAAGAAAAGAGGACUCUAUACUGGGUGGAGCAGGGUCUUCACCUUUUUGUUUCUGUCAACUUGUCAUACACACCUCCAGGGACCAAAAACAAAAGCAGCUCAGAGAGUCUGUGCCUGCCUGAUUGGGAAGUAGAAGCUCUGGUGUAUGCUACAGCACAUAAUGCAUUUUUAUUAAAGGAAAAAAGCUAAUUAUGUCCAUGCCUCUCAUAAAACUGGGGGGAACCUUAAAGAAAAAGAACUAAGGCUUAAGUUAUCUGUAGUAUAAUCAAUUAAAAGUAAUGAAUGGAUGCAUGUAAAAUGGAUGUGAUUUUUUUUUUCAAGCUUAUUUUGCAAUCUUAGAAAUCAGGUUACACCAUAGCUACUCAAAAGUUUUACAGACUUAAAACUCAGAUCAGUAAGUGUUGGUACCUUUUAGACUCAUAAAAUUGAAUAAACCAUUGCAAUGCUUUAAAAAAAA